AGCUCCCCACACGGAGCAGCCCAUGCGGCGGUCGUCUCUUCCGUGGGUCCAGCGGCUACGUACAACAACAUGUCGGCACCAGAGACCCCCUUUGUGUGGUGGUCAACGUCAAUUGCGAACUGACUACAGAAUCCUUGUGUAAAAAUUGGCACCCUCACAGCUACAUUGAUGCGCUGAACAAGAAGACGAUCGGCGUGCAGCUUGGUCGCUUCCGGAAGAAGAAUGCGAGUAAGAAGAUCCAUUUUGGAACUCGUAAGAAUAUCUUCUUUCUUGCACCUCACAGUCUCCCCAGUGAAGUCCGGACGUAUAUCUCCCUCCUUAGUGCAGUACUUAGUGCUGCGCUUGAGAUCCUCCGUAAAAAUUUUAAACCGGAUCGGUUCCCACUCAGGCGCGGCUGCGGUGUACGCCUGCCACGCGCUCUGUCCGCUCCUUGGCAACUCCUGCACCACCGCAAUGGNAUCGGUUCCCACUCAGGCGCGGCUGCGGUGUACGCCUGCCACGCGCUCUGUCCGCUCCUUGGCAACUCCUGCACCACCGCAAUGGGAAGGCCCCCUUGCUUCGCAAUAAUCUUGUCAUAUGGGCAUUGA